AAAGGUGGUAACAUUGGGCUACUGAGAGUGUUUUCUUUGCUUAGGAUUGUUCAUACAAUGCAUAGUCAACCCUGAUGUAACCAUUGUGGUGCAGUGACAAUCAUGCCACAGACAGUCCUUUAGAAUUUAGCAUUUGGCAUGGACAGUCCUUUUCCUGCCUGCUGAUGUGGUGGUUACAUUUUUUCACUUGUUUCUGUAUAUGAUGCUGCAUCCCAGCUGAAGUGCUCUUGCACUUAUGAGAAUAGGCCUGCAAGUAAGGCUGGGAAGGGAGGGGAGGCGGUUACCUGGGACGGCCGGACCGACUAACAGCUGGGGCAUGGGUACCGCCUAUGCAACAUGGCUUUGCCAUGCCUGGUUCAAAUGCUUUGGUUUAGGCAAGGACGUAAUCACCUGCCAUAAAGAAAAUACAAUUUUGUACACUGCCAGGAACAGGGUGGGUGGGACAGGUUUUGCCCUCACUCCAGCGGGUGUCAUGGAAGACGCCUGGAGCUCCUGCAUGGAUGAGCUCACUGGCAGCUGGUCGGCAGCAGCCGCUGAUUCGGCGAAUGCCCCUGUCAGUUGGCCACAAACGCCAGACUACACACUGCUGCUGGGGAAUGGUGGCGAAAUCGUGACGCAAACCGCCGGGACAAGGAUACAAUGUUUCAUAUCCCGAAAGAAAUGUUCACGUGCCCCAUUAACAAAUCCCAUCGAGUUUCGGGGCUAAAAUACGAGCUGCACACCAUAAGGUGCGCCAAGCAGAUGGCCGGUCGUGACGUCAAAUUCUGCCCGUUCAACGGGAAACACAUCGUCGACGUUGCCAAGUUCUGGCAUCACCUGGAGCACUGCCCGGACAAGGACAGGGUGGACCGAUAUGUCAGGCACGCACUGGAAGAGAUGCGAGCCGUGCGGCGGGCGGAGCCGGUGGAGACGGCGCCGGGCCUGCGCUUUUCUGGGCCGGACGAGAGCUGGGACGACUGUGGUGACACGCCGCGGCGUGGCUCCUACGACCCGCAGCUGGCCACCGCCAACAGAGAUAUCUUCAGGUUCCCACAGGGACCGAUGAGCAAGUCUGAGCGUCGCCAGUUUCGCAGCGAGGCAGUGGCUCGUCUGCGUGCCAUACAGCGCGACAAGACAGCGGCGGCCGAGGCGGGGGCG